CAACACAUGGUUGUAGCACUACUGACCUAAUUUGUUUACAGCGUCUGUUCAUUUCAUUUUUGUGGAACAAUCACUAUGGGGAGAGUGAAAAACCUUAUCGAAUUGAGGACUAGAAGGGGACCAGGCAAAAAAUCUAGGAAACAAGCACCUCCUGAGGUACCAAAAUCAGUGGAAGAACCUGAAGAAGCAAAAAAGUUCAGUAGAAGACAGAAACAAAGGUUAAUAAAAAGAAAAUUACGUAAAGACAUCGCUUCUCAGUCGCAGAUUCCUAAAAAAGUUAAAAAGAUCACAAGAAAGGAUGAAGAUGAUGAUGAGUUAUCGCUAGGCAGCGAUGGAGAAGGAAAAGAAAUGGACAGUUCUGGGUACGACGAAGAAUCUGCAUCUCCGAAGAAAAAGAAUUUGAAGCAAGUUGUAGAUUCAGAUUCCGUUGACAGCGCCGCUGAAGAACAGAGUGAUGAAGAUAGUGAAGAAGAAGCAGACAAUAGCGAAGAAGAGGAUGAUAGUGAUGAGGAGGAUGAUAGCGAAGAGCAGGAUGAUAGUGAAGGGGAAGAUGAUAAUGAUGAGGAAGAUGAUAAUGAUGAGGAGGAUAAUGAUGAUGAUGAAAGUGGGAGUGAUGAUGCAGAUGAAAUAAAAGGUUUUACUGAUGAAAACAAGGCAUGGUUAACGCUGAAGUCAGAAAAGAAGAAGUUAGAAGAAAGUGAUGAUGAUGUUUUACCUGACGACUUUGCUGGUGAUUCUUCAUCCGAUGAGGAGAGUGAUGAAGAUUCAGAUAGUGAUGAUGAGGAUGGUAGUGAUGGUGAUGAUGAUGAUUUACUUCCAGUUGAGCGAGCUGCGAAAAAACUGGACAAAAAGUUGAAGAGAGAUAAAAAGUUAGCCGAAGCAGAAUUACAAAUGAAUAUUUCACAAAAGGAAACAUAUGAACUACCAAGUGGACAGGAAAUAGAACGAGAAGUUAUUGAACCGCCUGACCUAACUUUACUCCAUCAACGAAUUAAAGAUGUAUUAGAAGUUUUGGGAGAUUUUAAUAAUAGAAGACAAGAAGACAGAUCUAGACGUGAAUACCUUUUCCAGCUUAAAAAAGAUUUGGCGUCCUAUUAUAGUUACAAUGAUUACCUUAUUGGAAAAAUAGUUGAAUUAUUUGCAAUUACCGAGUUAAUAGAAUUUCUUGAAGCCAAUGAAGUACAACGGCCUAUAACAAUUAGAACAAAUACAUUAAAGACAAGACGGAGAGAUUUGGCACAGGCUCUUAUAAAUCGUGGUGUUAAUCUUGAUCCAGUUGGAAAGUGGUCUAAAGUUGGACUCGUUAUCUAUGAAUCUUCUGUACCUAUUGGUGCUACUCCAGAAUACUUAGCCGGCCAUUACAUGAUGCAAGGUGCAUCCAGUUUCCUUCCAGUUAUGGCGCUAGCACCACAGGAAAAUGAAAGGAUAUUGGAUAUGUGUGCUGCUCCAGGAGGAAAAACAUCAUACAUUGCUUCCCUGAUGAAAAAUACUGGUAUGUUAUUUGCAAAUGAUGCAAACAAGGAGAGGGUGAAAAGCAUUGUGGGAAAUAUUCACAGAAUGGGUAUCACGAAUACAGUGAUAUGUAAUGAAGAUGGUAGAUCAUUUCCCAAGGUCAUUGGUAAUUUUGAUCGUGUGUUACUAGAUGCCCCUUGUACAGGUACUGGUGUUAUAUCAAAAGACCCCUCUGUCAAAACAAACAAGGAUAUGUUAGAUGUACAGAGAAUUGUCACAAUACAAAAAGAACUAUUAUUAUCAGCAAUAGAUUCUGUAGAUGCCAAAUCAAAAACUGGUGGAUAUAUUGUGUAUUCGACAUGUUCUAUUUUGGUGGACGAGAAUGAAUGGGUGAUAGACUAUGCACUGAAAAAGAGGAAUGUGAAAUUAGUUUCAGCGGGAUUAGACUUUGGUAGACCUGGAUUUAAACGAUUCCGUGAAAGAAGAUUUCAUCCAACGCUGGAAAAAACAAGAAGAUUCUACCCACAUACUCACAAUAUGGAUGGUUUUUUUGUUGCUAAGUUGAAAAAGAUGGAUAACGAAUUGCCAAAGUCAAAAGAUAAAACUCAACAAGAGACAGAAGAAACAGAAGAAAAAGACGAAAAAGUGAAAAAACAAAAGAAUAACAAGAAACCCAAGAAAAACAAAUGAAUUUGUUCAUAAUCAGCAAAUUAGAAAC